AUGGAGAAAUUAAAGAAAAUUAAGCGUAGCAGGAAGGGAUCUACUGCGUCAAAGGAGGAUAAACAGGCACAGCAGCCACAACAACCAGCUCAACCACUGGAAGACUCAGAUAACCCAGUUGCUCCAUGGCUCAGCUCAAAUCUCGUCCAAUCAAAUCUCAACAUGAAUUAUCUUCCUCCAGAUACACCGCCGAUCAAUAAGGCAAUUAAUUUGAAUUCCUCCACUGCAGAUCUCUCCGACAAGGCCGAUAUCGACAACCACCGUUCCUCAGCAGAGCACAAGCGCAAAGGCUGGAAGAAUCUUUUAAAACCCAAGCAUUCUACGUCCUCCGUGCUUUCCAAAGAUUACGCUGAUCAUCAUUCUCACACUCCUUACACCCCUAACGACUCUCCUGCUCUUUCGAGGGCCGCGUCCUACGCCGAUAUUCAAAAGGAUCCCCAUCCCUCGUCCUCUAAGACUCCCCGAAAUAAGCCUCGUUUAGGCUCCUCCCACGGUAAACAGGACGAAAGGCCUGGUGAACCUGCUAUCUCACUCGAUACUGAUCUCACUCACAUGGAAGGUAUCGUAGCUGGCGUCAAGGAUCCUCAACCAAAUCCGAAACGUGAAAAGAGGCAAGGCUCUGCUUCUACUGCUGGCCAUUCUUCCAACUCCUCAAAUAGGAAUGCCUCCUCCAAUUCUUCUACUAGAGGCCGUUCAAGAAGCCGAAGAUCAAGCACUGCCCACAAAAAUCAACCACCAAUGACCCUACCCACUCCCUCCUUCUUAAUUGAUGGUCAGUUCGAUCUUGAUCUACUUCCGCGCUCCAAACGGCCUGGUGCUCAGAAAUUGUCUUACAGCACUUCUCCGAGAACUCAAGAUCCCCCUCAAUUGGCUCCAAGUCUGUCCAUGUCCCCACCUACUCCCGCAAAGGAAAAGCAGAGAUCCGGCUCAAAUGAUCGCGGUGACAGCAAGUUCCCUGCUGAUUCCAAAUGGCGCAUUAAUCCUCCGCCAUCCGAGUUUGAUAUACCCAAAAAGAUGGGAGGGAAGCGUUCUGGUCCUCCUUCACCACGACAACCUGACCAUGUGCAAUUAGGUGGUAUCAAGACGGCGUUCAAUCAGACACAACCUCAAACGGUUGCAAAUAGUGCUGACAAUUCUAGCCCGGCUGGCUGGCAAGCACCCGAAAGUUGGGGAAUAGUACAAGCACCUUCCAGCAAAGAAGAGUACGACUCAGGUUCUUCCGAGGAAGAUGAGCAAGGAGAUGGUUAUUAUGACGACAAUGACGAUAAUCAUCAGCGUAGGGUUUCUAAUUACUUUGACUUUAAUCCAGAGGAAGACAACUGGAAUGGAGCUUUUGGUGAAGCUGCAACUUGGGGUUCACCAGCUUUCCAGAGGUCAUCAGCUGAUCAGAAUGCAGGCGUGAGACCGAUUCGGCUGAAACCAUUAGAUCAAAACAAUCCAUCUACAACUGAUGUGAAUGAGUAUGUGGACGAGGAGAGUCGAAAAAAUAGCGAUACUGGUAAUAACGGUACCAGGUCGCGUCAGCAGUCGAAAGAUUCAGGCGGACAGACGAACAAUCUGACGCCUAAUCAUACUGGUGAGCAAUUAGAGAUAGGGGAGGAUAUUCGGAAAGCAUCUCUCCGUAGAGCUUCCUCGGCGAAGCGACCUACUAGUUCAAGUUUACAACGACCUUCCACUGCUGGAAGUGCAUCUCAGCAAGGAUCGAAAGGAGCUGCAGGAAAUUACUGCAUCCGCGUUUACAAGUCUGAUGGAUCAUAUCUCACUUUCUCAAGCGCAUUACAUACGACCGUAAAUGAACUUUCUCAUAUGAUUGCCAAAAAGUUGAGAGUUCAGCCAGCAAUGCAUCAGUUAUAUAUCCGUGAGAAGAUGAAAGAAAGGGCUAUGGGAUCUUCAGAGAAGCCAUUGUUACUGCAAAAGCGCAGACUCGAGCAGCUUGGAUUCACUGACAACGAUCAUCUAGAUGAGCUUGGAAAGGAAGAUCUAAGCUUCAUUUGCAGAUUUAUUUACAGGAUCGCUACUGUGACCUACUACGAAGCUGAGGAUGUUGGCUCAUUUGGUAGCUUCGAAUACAUCGACUUGCAAGCCAAGAAUUUACAAACAGUGCCAAUUUUCUUAUAUCGUCAUGCUCACUCAAUCAUCUAUCUCAAUCUUUCGAAGAAUCCACUCACUGAUCUACCUUCUGACUUUAUUCAAUUGUGUACAUCACUGCGCGAACUCAAAUUAUCGAUGGUAUCGAUGAAGAGAUUGUGGCCAAGCGUGCGUCUCUAUUGUCGCUCACUUACGCGGUUGGACAUGUCAUGCAAUCGUAUGCCAGAACUUGACCAUAUCGAUUUCAAGUGUCUGCCAAAAUUGCGUAGUUUGAAAGUACAGAAUAAUAGGUUGACGCAACUGCCUGAGUCUUUGUCAGAGUUGAAACACCUCAAAUACCUCAAUAUCUCUAACAAUAAGUUUGAUGUCUUUCCUCGGGUGGUUUGUAAACUGACAGGACUGGACGAUCUCGACGCUUCAUUCAACACAUUCCAGACUCUACCUGAAGAGAUAAGUGAAUUGAAGGAGAUUCAUAGGGCUGUUUUCGUCGGUAAUCAGUUGGCAGUACUACCAAAAAGUGCUGCCAAUUUGAUCAGUCUUCGAGAAUUGGAUAUAAGGAGAAAUGCACUCACUGAUAUAUCAGUUGUUUGCGAUCUCCCUAAUCUUGAGGUAUUGCUGGCAGAUUUUAAUCAUAUUGGUGUGUUGGAUGUCACGAUCGGUCCAAAUGCCAACAGAUUCAAGUCACCAAAUAAUCCAUUAACCUCAUUUUCGCUAUCAACAGCUGAUAACAAUCCAGCUCACAUCACAAGACUUGACUUAUCUAAUGCCAAACUAGCAAUGAUUUCAGAUGAUGCGUUCAGAUACUUACCUAAUCUUUUACAUCUAUCACUCGACUACAACCAAUUCACAACUCUUCCUGGCGCGAUUGGAGAGUUGUCAAAGUUAGAAAUUCUUUCAUGCACCAACAAUUUGCUAUCAACGCUACCUGAAUCGAUAAGCGAUCUUUUCAAUUUACGUACCUUAGCAUUACACAAUAACAACCUCAAAACAAUAUCAACGGCUAUUUGGCAAUGUCAGAACUUGGAAGUGCUGAAUGUGUCAAGUAAUUUAUUGGAUGAUUUCCCAGAUCCUCCCUUGCAUCACGAUGCGACAUCAGCACCUAACUUAGCAGCAGCAGCAGCAGCGGCCAAUGCUAUGUCGCAUCAAAGCAGUACGAGUGAUUUGAACAGUCGAGGUGGCAGCGCAUCAUCAGCGCUGACUACAUCAGAGAGUGAUCGCAAAACAUCAGCCUCAUCGGCUGCUCCUCAAAUUGGUACACCUGGGACACCACAAAGCAGACCUGCGUUGCCAUUAGUUUCAAAGCUUCAAAGGUUGCUUAUUGCAGAUAACAGGCUGACAGAUGAGGUAUUCGAUCCCAUCAGUCUAAUGACUGAGCUCAGAGUACUCAACCUGUCAUUCAACGAGAUUGAUGAGAUACCACCACACCGUCUCGGCAAGAACAGUGGCUUACAGGAGUUGUAUCUCUCAGGUAACAAUCUCCGUAAUUUACCUUCGGAAGAUUUGGAGAGACUCAUUGCACUGCGUAUCUUGCAUGUCAACAGUAAUAAAAUUCAAGUGCUGCCUGCUGAGCUUGGUAAAAUAGCCAAACUGCAUGUUCUAGACGUUGGUUCCAAUGUACUCAAGUAUAACAUUGCUAAUUGGGGCUACGAUUGGAAUUGGAACUGGAAUUUAGACCUUCGCUAUUUGAACUUUUCUGGAAACAAGAGACUCGAAAUUCGUGAAGUGAAAGACUUCGACAACAGAAAUUCAACACCGGCUGGUAGAUUGAAUCUAGCUGAAUUCUCUAGUCUGAAGGAAUUGAGGGUACUCGGUCUGAUGGAUGUCACGUUGCGUGUGCCUUCUCUACCCGACGAGACUGAAAAUAGACGUGUGAGAACGUCGUUUUCCAACAUCAACAAUAUGGCCUAUGGGAUAGCAGACUCAAUUGGUAAUUCUGAAAACCUUUCAAUGUCAGAUUUCGCUGUCCCGAGGUUUAGAGGCAAAGAGAAUGAGUGUCUUUUCGGCUUUUUCGAUGGGAAGAUAAGCACGACAGCAAAUGGGUGCCACUUGUCCAAGUUUCUUCAUGACAGCUUUGAGUCGCAGCUAAUCAAGGAAUUGUCUCGACUAGGACCUGGAGAUGACACUCCCGAUGCUCUUCGCCGUGCAUUCCUGCGCCUCAACAAAAAGUUUUUUGACACGGCGCUGCCAAAUCUAGUAGGAGUUCGGAGAAAGACAUCGAAUGUGAGCGACGUGGUACCACUCUCGAGUUUGGUAUCCAAGUCAUCGAAGAGUGACAGCCGCAAAGCAUCUCAAGUAUCAGCCAACUCGGUCAUGGCAGUUGUGUCUACACCGACAGGCACGGCUAAGGAUGCACCUGAAAUGGGUAUGUUCGAGGUUAAGUCUGGAGCAGCAGCCGUAGUCGUGUAUAUAGUGGGCAAGACUAUGCAUGUAGCAAAUGCAGGAGACUCACUCGCAGUAAUAUCACGAUCAGGAUCUCCGAGAGUGGUAUCAACAAAGCAUGAGCCACUAUCGCGACCAGAAACGGCACGGAUUCGUGCAGCAGAAGGAUGGGUGACACCAGGAGGGAAGGUGAAUGAUGAACUUGAUGUUUCCAAGUCAUUCGGCUUCUAUCAUCUUCAACCUGCUGUCAACGCUCGUCCUGCUGUUCAUACCAUCAACCUCACUGAUAUGGACGAAUUCGUUAUUGUUGCCAAUAAGUCGCUCUGGGAUUAUAUGAGUUUUCAGACGGCUGUAGAUAUUGCUCGUACAACUCGGGAUGAUGUUAUGACAGCUGCGCAGAAAUUACGCGAUUUUGCAAUAGCGUAUGGUGCACAAGGCAAUCUUAUGGUUAUGGUCGUUAGUGUUGCUGAUAUCUUCCGGCCAAAUAAACUACCAUCGAAUGAUGAGAACAACAACGAAAUUGAUAAUUAUUAUGGAGGAAUGAGACGCACAGGACAGCGCAAACGUGAUGAUGCAGUUGUUGGUGAUAGAACAUUGGCCAGAUUAGAUAGAGAAGUAUCACCACCUGUCGGACAUGUCACCCUUGUGUUUACAGAUAUUCGCAAUUCUACAAUUCUCUGGGAGAGUAAUCGCGGGAUGCAAUCAGCGAUGAGAAUACACAAUCAUUUGCUCAGAAGACAUCUUCGAACAAUUGGUGGAUACGAAGUGAAGACUGAGGGUGAUGCGUUCAUGGUUUCGUUUCAAACUGUUACUUCUGCACUGCUUUGGUGCUUCACUGUUCAACUGCAAUUGCUGACUCAGGACUGGCCUAAAGAGAUACUGGAGACAGAUGAAGGUAGACCUUUGGUUGACUUUAAUGGUAAUUCGAUAGCACGAGGUCUUUCAGUUAGAAUGGGUAUACACGUAGGGUAUCCAGUCUGUGAAGCCGAUCCAGUAACGCAGCGAAUGGAUUAUUGGGGUCCUGUUGUGAACAGAGCUUCUAGAGUGGCAGCCGCAGCUGAAGGAGGACAAAUAAUGGCUAGUGGAGAUGUAGUCAGUGAGCUGCAACACUACUGUUCGAUUGACCCAAAUUCUCCCGAAUCAGAAACGGGCAUGUCAUCGAAAGUGAAGAGCGAAGUAGCAGCAUUGCGCAGAAUUGGAUUCGGAGUGUCUACUGUCGGAGAGCGUCGUCUGAAGGGGCUCGAAGUACCUGAGCAUCUCUCUCUCCUCUAUCCCAUUCAGCUAAAGGGACGUUUACAGCUGGACAAGAACAGUGUAACUAUACCAGGCUCGCGUGAAGAGACGAACACUAGUAUGUUUGAGUCAACACCACCGAUUAUCAAUCCAGACGACAUACGCAAGCUUGCGAGGGUGGUUGUCAAGAUAGAGAGUCUAGCUGGCGGGCGCGUGCAUAAAGAGCCUUCAGAAUUGAUGGAGAAGGAUGGUGAGGAGGAGAAGGACAAAGAUGAUGGCGAGCAGCGCACGAAGCACUAUGUACAGCUCGAUACAGAUCUUGAGGAUGAAAGUGACAGCAAAUCUAGCAAGUCUGGUAAGGAGAAUGAUGAUGACGCUUCAACUAUGACAGGAGGGACGGAGACAGAGAAAGGAAUGAGCCGUGCAUCUUCGCGUACCAAGUCGAAAAAAGAAGACAAAGAGGAGGUCUUUGAGGAUUCAUCACAAUCAGUUUACUCGAUCGUGCCAUCAAAUCUGCUAGCGCCAGUAAUACAGGAUGGGGCAAGUGAUGAAGAGUUGGUGUCAAUUCUAGAGGCAUUAGUCAGUCGACUAAACAAUGCAAUCAAUACGAUGAAUUUCCAGAGAGUGCAAGGCAUGACUUGGUUUACUUAUGGCGUGAAUGCAGCAACUGUAACGGAUCCAGCACUUGCUGCUGAAAUUAAUUUUGGGAGCAAUCCAAGGUCACGAGAUGUUACGAGACCUCCACCGGCUGGUGCCCAGAACUCCUCUUCGCAAUCAACAACAACAGCCCAAACAGCCCAAAGCGAACAAGAUACAAAUCAGAGCAACCACAAGACUCUUAUGACGAAUAUACUCAACUCUUUCAGACGAUCGUCGUCGCACGGUCACAGUUCAACUGCUUCCGCGGGUGGUAGUGCAAGUGGCAGCGCUACUGCCUCAGGUGCCCGUGCGGGUAUCCGGCGUCAGUUAUCAAAGCGGAGAACCCCUGGACCUGCGACGACAUCGUCCUCGAACCAGAGUGAAAGCGAGGUCGACGAUAAGGAUACAAUUAGACAUAGAUUGCGACUUCUGCCACAUUUAGAAAACAGCAGAAGUCCUAAUUUCAGUAUUACUACACGCCAACUGAAGCCUGGCGCACGGCUGCGUGUAGGUCGCUUCACCGAUAAGCACGAUGAAGGAGCUAGUCUUGGGGUAGCAGAGGAUGACAAGAAGCUGAUGGGCGGUGGCGGUGAUCCUCUUAGUCUCUCGCUCGCAUUCCGCUCUAAGGUAGUGUCUCGCAACCAUGCCGAAAUAUCUGUGAAUGACGACGGCAAGUUUUAUAUAAAGGACUCAGGCAGCUCUAGUGGGACAUUCCUCAAUCAUCGUCGAUUGUCGGGCAGCACUCACGCUAGUAAGCCGUAUGAGAUGGUCGAUGGAGAUAUUAUUCAGCUGGGCGUAGAUUACCAGGGCGGUAAAGACGCCCUCUAUCGCUGCAUCAAGAUUAGGGUUGAGAUUGGCGAUAAAAUGAAGAGUCCCGUCGCUUUCCACGAGAAGGCGCUCGAACAGGUGAAGGAGAUGAGCGGGAGCAUGCGCGCCGCUAGCGAGAGCAAGAGCAACACGGAUAACACGACAAAUACAAAUACAAAUACAAAUACAUCGAGUGAGACCACGCACAAUACACUCGACUGCGCUAUUUGUUUGUUCCCGUGUUUGCGGGGACUGCUCAACACGCACUACCCAUGCUUCAGCUGUCCUGUGUGCAGAGCAUUUGCCGAUCUGGAAGAGGACGUGGAGGAGGAGAGUGAGGGACCUGAAAGGAUAGAUAUGAAGCGCAGAGAUACGAAAGUUGAGGAUAUGUCAGGCACACCUGCAAAUGAUAUUCCCAUCCCGAGGUUGAAUGGCGUCAUCGGAGGUGUACAGGAAGAGGAGGAGGAGGAAGAUUUGACAUUGGGGCUAAUUAGAUUCAAUCAACUCGACGAUCCUCUUAAACUUAGAGCUGCUGCUUCAAAUAAUUUACAAUCUGAUUCUUCAUCUUUAUCUUCAGAUAGCAGCAACCUCAAUGAUCAGUCAUCCUCUGAACAACAUCAACCUGUUCAAUCUGACCAUCACUCAAAUCAAGUUCAAUCUACCGACUCUCAAUCUUCCUCAAUCACCUCAAACAGCUCCCAGCUAUCAGCCCACUCUAAAGCUGUCAACCUUACCCAUCGUCUUGAUACUUCACGCACACUCGACAUCUUCUCCAUGCAACAGAAAAAGUGUAAAUUGCAAAUCCAGCCUUCAUUCCUCCCAUUCAAGAGGGGUUUGGUCAAGUCUGCUGAUGUCGUUCUCUCUUUCACUCCUUCUACUGCCCCUCAAUCAACAGAAGAGAUCAUUAUGAGAAGAGCUCACAUCUUUCUCCUCUCUGAUCUCUUCCUGGUAGCUGAGCGCAUGACUCAAAGUGAGAAAGAAAGUGAAAUAUCUGCACCAAACACUGACAUGUGGUUGUCCUUUCCACCCCUGUCUGGCAAGUUCCUCAAAGCGUUCAAGAAUAAGCAAGACAAUGCUUUUGACCUGAGUAUCAUGAAGAAGGAGACCCUAACCAUUAAAGUGGAGUCUGAGAUAGCUCGAGAUGAGUGGAUAGAUGAUAUAGGCAACUGUACCAACUUUGCUUUCAAUGGUCCUGUUAACAAACCACCUAAUAGACAAUCAGACGAAUCAUCGCAACUUCCACAAGCGCACAUUCCUCCACUUAUCAACUCCCCACACACUUCUCCACCUAUCACAUCCCCUAACAUAUUCCCAAAUAAUUCUCCACCCAAAUUUCCUCAUCCACCACCGCGCGACACAUUCCCUGCGUUCGAUAACGUUCCCAUGAUGGGAUUGAGGCAGGUGGGUAGCAAUGGAGCAUUUGCAACACCACCGCCUCACUCAAUAGACCAUCAAAUAAAUCAACUAUCCGCUGCCAACCUAUCCAACAUGCAUUUGGGACCACGACCCGCGCAAAUCCGGCCGAUUUCUCCUGGAAUGAUACCACCACCACCACCACCCUUCAACAAACUUGCACCGCGCUCAGAUGGCAAUCAGCCCGCGCAUGCUGUUUUGUCUGAAAGGAUACCUUCCGUCGACACACUUCAAACGGAAUCGAGCAAAAGCUUGAGUCACGAUGUUAGUGGUAAAUUCACCAUGCCAUCGAAUCUCAUUGGGGAUAUCAAGAGCGGAAAAAACAAAACAGACUCUUACUCUCCACCUCAAUCACCAGAGCUAGAUACCAAAGCGCUCAAACCGGAGAAAGUGCGCCUUAGUGCGCAGAUGAGAUGUAAGGUGUUCCUUAAACACGGCCAUCAGGCUUGGAAGUCGUUAGGUAGUGGUGGUCUUAAGUUAUACACGGAGUCGCCGUCGAAUUCUAAACAACUCGUCGUCGAAUCUGAUAAAGCUAAGUCGUUGCUUAUAAGUAAUUAUGUCCUCCUCGACGCUGUGGAGAGGGUGGGCAAGACAGGACUCGCGGUGGAGAUGUCGGAUAAUGGGAAAAGGACUGGUAUCAUCUAUCUCAUUCAACUCAAGUCAGAAAGUAGCGCUAAAGGUUUGUUCGACGAGCUGGUCAGGAAUUCAAGUAGAGAUGUGCGGUAG